GCCAGAUUAGAAGGGUCUAGGAUUCCUUUGUAAGGCACAGCAAGAAAGACAAUCAGAUACAAUAUCAGGGAUCUCCUGGUAAGGCUUCUGGCUACCAUUAGUUCUGAAUACUGAGGUUUUGAUGAGAAAAAUGGCUGUGAGUUUUGAAAUGUCUUUGAGAAUUUCUUGGAUUUGUUGCCUGCUAAUUGGAGGGAUAACCUGUUAUCCUCCACCUAAAGGUAACUAUAGAUAUAUUCCCCCAAAUAAAUUAAAAGGAACCACGACUGGCCCAAAUACUUUAGGUGGAGCAACUGGAUCCCGUACCUCAGCAGCAGAAGCAGCCACCCACAAUGCCUCAGCAAGUGCCACGACUGGCCCAAAUACUUUAGGUGAAGCAACUGGAUCCCGUACCGCAGAAGCAGCCACCCACAAUGCCUCAGCAAGCGCCACGACUGGCCCAAAUACUUUAGGUGAAGCAACUGGCCACAGUGCCUCGGCAGCGGCCCCCGUAAUGCCUCGGCAGCGGAAGCGGCCACCCAUAAUGCCUCGGCAAGUGUGGUAACUGGCCCAAAUACCUUAGGUGAAUCACCUGGCCACAAUGCUUCAUCAGGUGUCACGGCGUGCCCAAAUACCAUGGGUGAAGCAUCUGACUCCCGUGCCUCAGCAGCAGCAGCAACCCGAAAUGCCUCAGCAAGCGUCACAGCUGGGCCAAAUACCUUAGGUGAAGCAACUGGCCACGGUUUCUCGGAAACAACUGGCCACAGUGCCUCGGCAGCGGAAGCUACUGGCCACAGUGCCUCGCAAGCGGCCCCCCAUAAUGCAGCGGAAGCGGCCACCCAUAAUGCCUCAGCAAGUGUGCUAACUGGCCCAAAUACCUUAGGUGAAGCAACUGGCCACAAUGCUUCAUCAGGCGUCACGGCUGGCCCAAAUACCUUGGGUGAAGCAUCCGACUCUCGUGCCUCAACAGCAACCCGAAAUGCCUCAGCAAGCGUCACGGCUGGGCCAAAUACCUUAGGUGAAGCAACUGGCCACGGUUCCUCGGCAGCAGAAGCAACUGGCCACAGUGCCACCCACAAUGCCUCGGCAAGUGUGGCAACUGGCCCAAAUACUUUAGGUGAAGCACCUGGCCACAAUGCUUCAUCAGGUGUCACGGCUGGCCCAAAUACCUUGGGUGAAGCAUCCGACUCCCGUGCCUCAGCAGAAGCAGCCACCCACAAUGCCUCAGCAAGCGUCACGGCUGGCCCAAAUACCUUAUGUGAAGCAACCGGCCACAGUGCCUCAAGUGCGGAAUCUGGUUCAAAUGCCUCGGCAGAAGCGACAGGCGCCCUUGCCUCGGCAGAAGCGACAGGCGCCCUUGCCUCGGCAGAAGCGACAGGCGCCCUUGCCUCGGCAGAAGCGACAGGCGCCCUUGCCUCGGCAGAAGCGACAGGCGCCCUUGCCUCGGCAGAAGCGACAGGCGCCCUUGCCUCGGCAGAAGCGACAGGCGCCCUUGCCUCGGCAGAAGCGACAGGCGCCCUUGCCUCGGCAGAAGCGACAGGCGCCCUUGCCUCGGCAGAAGCGACAGGCGCCCUUGCCUCGGCAGAAGCGACAGGCGCCCUUGCCUCGGCAGAAGCGACAGGCGCCCUUGCCUCGGCAGAAGCGACAGGCGCCCUUGCCUCGGCAGAAGCACAGCCUUGAACAGGAGGGCCAACUCCUCAAGCAACAUGGAUUUUAGCAGCAGUGAUGUUUCUCAGGAUUUUGUGUCUGAUGGUGACAAUGAAGGCACCUAAUGUGUCAGCUCCAGCAGCGUUCAAGGCAGCAUCGUUGAACAGUCAGUUCUCAUCCCAAUAUAGUUACAAAUCGUUUAUGAGAAUGGCAGAACUGUCUACUCCCAAUCCUGCCACACCACUGGGGAGGUUAUACCUUUUUGAUAGCGGAGAAGCAUAUCCCCACCUGCUAAAAACUCACAACCUGUUAAAGGAACCCCACCACAAGGGAACGGCUACUGGGAUGCAAUGUAUAACUUUUACACAUCUGAACUUUGCGUUCUGAUUUUGAAAUCCUUUGUACUAAUCAUCUAUCAACAGAAUUGUAAAUGUAGAUUCAUCCUUUGGAUGACAAUUCUGAGUUGUUGCUGACACUUUCUUUAAGCUUCCACUGUAUGCUUUUGCGACGGCCAGGGAGUUGCUGCUGCUCAUGCUACCCUGCAUUACUUGUAAAACAAUAAAAUAUUGUACCUUUAAAA